GAGAGGAGAGAGAGAGCGCGCGAGAAAGAGAGAGAGAGCGCGAGAGAGGAGAGAGCGAGAACGCGACGUUCGCUCCUUAGCAGCGGUUGGCUUGUGUUGGUACCAGGGCGCUGUUUCGUGACGCCUCAGCAUCCCACACCGGCGGUUAGAGGACUGCUGCUUAUGGUUUCUAUGGAAAUGAUCCCGUCCGUCAAAACAGCAAAGGUGGAAUAAGAGAAAAUGACGCCGGCUGUGUGAUGAAACCUUCCCCGGCAUAUCCUUUAAUUAGCUAUCCCGGCUGUAUCGACAAGAGGAACCCUUUUAGCCAACCAAUGUUCCUGCACCUGCUGAGCACCUUUGGCUCCUCCUUCCUCCCCCAGAGCCACUCUGCUCUCCUCAGGGCCAGCUUCAGGAGCAGCGCCACUUGCCACCCUCUCCUCUUCGCUUCUCACCCACGGUGGCUGUUGCGGGGAUUUCCCCCCUGGCCACCGUACCAUCUCCCAUCUCCCGACAUCUCCUGUCCAAGAAGAACCUGUAGGGGCUCCCUUUUGAAGACACGCCUUCAGAACCUUCCAUUCGGCAAUAACCUAACUGAUAACUCUGUUCUCAGUUGGCGUUCACCUCUUCCAGGUUUCUGGUUUAAGGGAUCUGAAGCACGGAUGCUUCACACAUCCGCCUGCCUCAUGCAGCACCUAGGAAACCACAGAGGGCCUCCACACAAAAAGAGGAAGCACACAGAGGAAAACAAGAGUGCAGGAGACAGAGGAGAAGACAAGGGAGGAGGGUUGGAGGGAACAGUGGUCACCUCCGAGGAGGCAAGACCCGGUAGGGAGCACCUGAAUAGAAGUGGGGGCCAGGGCAACAACAAGAAAAGUACAAUUGGGGAAGGCAGCAGAAGCCAAAGUGGAGAAAAGGUAAGAGUGGGUUAUGGAGAAAAAGACAGACACCAUCACCCUGGGAUAAAAGACAGCGUCGGUCAAGAUGGAGCCCUCGGCCGAGCGAGGGCUACACCAACACAGACAGGAUUUAAAGACUCACACCCCACAGGGCCAAGGACUCAGUCCCCUCAGCCGAAGCACCCUGAGCAGGUCCCGUGCUUAAAACCUGCCCCCAAGUCCAGUCCCUGUCUCAAAGGUGGGAGUAAAGAUGUGGUAAGGGGUGAGGAGGAGCAGGGAGGCCAUGGAGGUGGCAGAGGAGGACCAUGGGGAAAAAGGAACCAGACCUCAAAGGGAGACCACAAGAGAGACCCCUCUCCUCAGCCGCCAAACCCCUGGACCACUGCCAGCGCUGAAAGACAGCCCCUUCCUCCCGGAAUUGUUCCUCCUUGCAGGCAACUCAACUGUGUCAAACCAGUGAGACCUCUGCAAAGACAGUGGGAAGUGUUUCCCACAUGCAGUACCGGCCUCCAGCCAGCGGGCAGAAGCGCGGCGUUUGACUUCACGGUACUGUCUUACAACAUCUUGUCUCAGGAACUGCUGCAGGACAACGCCUACCUUUACCGACACUGUGACUCCAGAGUAUUGCCCUGGGCUUACAGGCUGCCCAACCUGCUGGCUGAGAUCCAGAAUUACAACGCAGACAUUCUGUGUCUCCAGGAGGUACAGGCGGACCACUUCGAAACUCAGUUAAAACCUGUUUUACAGGCAUUAGGCUACCAGUGUGAGUACAAGAAGCGUACUGGCAGGAAGCCAGAUGGCUGUGCCAUCAUCUUCAAAACCUCCUGCUUCUCCCUCCUCUCCUCCCACGCUGUGGAGUACGUUCGCCCCGGCGACCCCCUCCUCGACCGCGACAAUGUGGGGUUGGUCCUCCUGCUGCGGCCCAACCAUGCCAGUGGCCAGUGGGAUCCCUCCUCCUCUGUCUGCAUCGCCAACACCCACCUGCUCUACAACCCUCGCCGUGGGGACAUCAAACUGGCUCAGCUCGCCAUCCUGUUGGCUGAGAUAAGCCAGCGGUCCCGCCUCCCGGAUGGGUCGUCUCACCCGGUGGUGGUGUGCGGGGACUUUAACUCCACCCCCUGGAGUCCGUUGUACAGCUUCCUGACGACGGGCUGCUUGGAGUACGAGGGGCUCCCGAUUGGCAGGGUGUCAGGGCAGGAGGACAACCCCAGAGGCCAGCGUCCGCUCAUGGCGCCUAUCUGGUCCAAGAGUGUGGGGGUCAGCCAACAGUGCCAGUACUACAACAAACCCACCAUGGACCCUGGUGCCGUCAGUUCUACCGGGGUGACUGGAGCCAUCUCCAGUUUGACUGUACAGGACCUCACUGCCAAGGCACCUGCUGCAUCUAACAGGGCAAGAAUUGAGCACAGCGUGAGGCUACAGUCAUCCUACCAACACUUCUUGGUGCAGGACGGGAGACCCGAGAUCACCACCUGCCACUCCCGCACUGCCGUGACGGUGGAUUACAUCCUGUACACACCAGACUCUAGCGCUUCCUCGUCACACCCUGGUGGGCGGGGUCUCCAGCUCCUCAGCAGGCUGUCAUUGGUGGGCCAGUCGGAGUUGGAAGAAGUGAACUGUCUGCCCAAUCAGCAUCACUCGUCUGAUCAUCUGCCUCUUUUGGCUCGGUUCCGCCUUCGGUGCUGACACGGCCAGUUGUGUGUGUGUACGCGCACGUGCGUGUGUGUAUUUCGUCAUUCAGAAAAACACAAACAAACACACACAAGUCAAAGAAGGUUGACUCAGUUCAUCUGGAUACAACGCUGAUUGACAGAUAGAUUGUAUCUGUCAGUAAACGUUGUAUCCAGAUGAACUGAUUCUGGAUUAAUGAGCAUGCAUAAAGACACACACACACACACACAAGCCCUCUCUUUCCCUCGUCAUCAUCUUGCCCCAAUGGAAGAACAUACUACCAGGCAGAUGAUACAAAGAUCUGUGUCACUGGCAUCGGACAUUUUGGCUUUGACCACGAGCAAGCGAGAAGACCCGAUUCGUUCCAUCUUAGCAGGCUAGCAAGCCAACCGGACUAAAACGCUGCCUAUUUAAUUUGGGCCCUUAUUCCACUUUCACAGUAGAGUGAGCAUGAUAAUGAUUUUAAUAUAUGCAAUUUGUUUUCUGAAUAUUGUGACUCUUCUGAAUAUCGAAACACACAGAAACAAAUUGCUCAUGUGACAAGAGAUCACAAGCUUGAUCCCUGCGUAAAGGUACGAUCAGUCUCGAUAUACGGAAAAACUCAAGUUUUCCUCUCUCGCUGACUUUUCGUUCGGUUAGCAGGCCGUGGAUUUUCCCGCAGCACCACAAGCAGUGUUUAUGAUUGCACAGAAAACCACGCGGCGUCAUAAACAGGGUUUUGGUGCUGCUGGAAAAUCCACGGCCCACCAGAGGGCCCCGUCGUGAACUGUAUAGAGAGUUUUAUAUCGGAGUCGUGUCCCCGUGGCCCCCGUAAUCACUCACGGGGAGAACCCCUUUUAUGACGAGGGGCUUUUAUCACGCAGCACUUCUUCAGAGGGGCUUCUAAAGGGCCCUGCUUAUAAACCCCAGGUCAUAUAAACCCCAUGUCAUGUAAACCCCAUGUCA